AUACCAUCGCACAGACACACACACAAGUACUGUAGAAGGACUUGAGGAAAGCCUUGUCCCAAACGCUGUUGCCCGUUACACUGAAGUUCUCACUGAAGAUAGCAAAAUUAUCCCCAACUUCUCUGCUGCAGUCAACACCACAAUCACUGCAAAUACUGUCGCCGUCACCACCAGCCGUUUUUGUGUUAUAACCAUCACAAUUAACCACACCAGUGUUGUUACUACUACUACUGACAACCUCCUCUACCUUUGCUGCUGCUGCUGCUGCCUCAACAAUAACAACGCUCUCACUACUAUCACGACCACGUCGACGACGACGACAAGCAAUCAAUAAGGACGACAGAGACGGCGUCGGUGACACUGUUGUCCAGUUAACUAAAGAAGGAGACAUAAAAUAAGGAAAAGCAGUGAUUGUACCUUGAAGAGUUGUUGCGGAUUAGAACGGCAGGCCACGCCUGAACAACAGUGUUGGUCAUCUGGAUGAAAGAAAGCACUUGGAUGCUAUAAAAACAACUUUAGUUUGGGAUUUUUGAAGCUUUCUGCCAUAAUGUCUCCUGGUCGUGAAGCUCUCCAUUUAACAGCAUUGGUGAUAACUUUACUCGUAGGCCUCUAUGUGCCCACAGUAAUAUCACGUUCUAAUGGUGCACCAAAUUGUGAAGACUUAGCACCAAAACAUCAUAAUAAAGUUGCUCAAACAUCAGAUCCACCGUAUUCAGUUGAUUUCUCUCCUCAAGAUUUUAAAGGUGGAGACACUAUUACAGUUACAAUAAACGGGACGGCAGGAAAAUUUUUCCGAGGAUUUGUUAUAGCGGCUCGAACAGAUAACAGCAAUGUGAAUUAUGGCACUUUCACAGCUGUGCAGCGCACAAAAUCAGUCAACAAUUGUUUGAAACCCAAUUCUGCCCUCACUCAUACAUCAAAAGAACUAAAAAGCAGUUUAUCUUUUAAUUGGACAUCACCGAUAAAUAUUCCUUCUGGCCUACAUUUCGAUUCCUCAGUUGUUGAAUCGUAUUCCGUUUUCUGGACCAAUCUGAGAACCCCUCUUACAACAACUCCUUCUGUAACUACUGAUAUGCCAGUAACUCCCACCAGUGUUCCCGGAAAAAUCAGUAAUACAUGGAAAUGCAGUGAAAACUUUGAGUGCCAAAUUUCUUGGAUAAUGGAUAAGGCCUCCAAAACCACAAAUUUUGAGUUCAACUUUGAAGUUACAACUGAUCGAUCUUAUAUUGCACUUGGCCUCUCAGAAGAUACUGAUAUGGGGAGCGACAGUGUGAUGGAAUGUUUGUAUCAUAACGGUAAUGUUAAGGGACAAUAUUCUUACAACGAAAGAAUAGAUAAUUCUAAGGUGACUGAUUUAAUUCUUAACAAUGGAAGAUAUGAUGAUGGCUUAAUGACCUGCAAUUUCACACGAGAUAAUGUUAUGAACAAUUCUAAAAUCUUUGAUAUUGGACAAAAACAAUGGUAUUUAUUGGUAGCUGCUGGACCAGUAAAAGACGGAUUUGUGAAACGAAAACACACCUUUACAGCUACAAGCAAUAGUAGGAUUGACUUCUUGAAACAAGAUCUGGUGGUUUCUGAGGAAUCUGAGAUUUUGACUCAUCUGCACGGUGUGUCCAUGAUUGUGGCUUGGGUAUUCUUUGGUUCUGUUGGAAUAUUUGCUGCUCGUUAUUCAAAAUCAAUUAACAAGAAACUCUGCAAGAUUAUGCUGUGGUUCCAGCUCCACAGAACUUUCAUGGUUCUAGCUAUGUUGUUGACCAUUCUAGGAUUCAUCUUGAUCUUUAUUCAGAAUGAAGGUGAAUACAGUGAAUUACACAGCACAUCAGCAAAAGCUCACCCCAUAAUUGGAAUCAUUGUUACCAUUUUCGUCAUUGUCAACCCCAUCUUAGGCUAUUUUAGACCAGGAAAAGAUCAUCCGAAGCGGAUUUAUUUUAACUGGGUCCACAGCAUGAUUGGCACCGUUUUGAUGAUUCUUGCUGAUGUAACGAUAUUUAUUGGAGUUUUGAUGCACAGCAAGAUGGAAGGUGUCAAUAAAAUGUACAAGGCUUUUGUCAUUGAAAUGAGUUUGUUUUUGGUCUACAAAUUCGUUGCUGGUUGUGGAAUGGAAAUAAUGGAAUAUUGUAACCAAGAUGAGGAGAAGGCAGAAGAGGACAGUAUUAAACAGACGUUUUGGAAUAGACUAACAGGCAAAUUUCCUUAUGAUAAAGUGUCUUCAUAUGAAAUGAGUACACCUGGACAGAAUAAGCCACCUGAACUUGAAGUUAAUAAGGAAGAAAAAGUGAAAACCAUAAUGUUGUUGGUCCACACAGUAAUAUGUCUAGCAUUCACCAUUGCACUCAUUGCUACUUUGUUUAUGAACCCUUGAUACAUUCCAAAGAUCAAGAUGUAUGUAUCACCCCCACCCCUGCCAUUCUCUGAUUAGACAAAAACUCUUCAAAUCAGCUCAAAUAAAUAUGAACAUUUCUUUCUGUGAUACUAAGCCAAAGAGAAAAGGUGGGAAAGGGAGUUGUUGAUUCAGGCAACCCUCACAUUUAUCACUGGUAUGGUGACUUCUCUUUAUCAACCCUGAAUGAAUAUAGAUCAGAGUCUCAUCUGGUGAAAUUCCAGCUCAGAACACUGGACCAAAAAAAAAUGGAACGAAAUAUCACAGAAACAUUUUGUCCUGCAACUCUGCUAACCACUACACUUAGCAAUGAUAAUAAUAAUAAUAAUAAUAAUAAUAAUAACGAUGAUGUUGAUAAUAAUAAUAAAAAUAAACUACAAAUAA